AAAGGAAAAUAUCUUUUUCUUUCUUCUUAUAAUGUCUUGACCUCAAACUUUAUGAGUAUAUAUCCUAAAGCAAAGAUACAAGAAAGCCUUAUCUGAAAUAUGAAACUGAGGCUGGCAGGGUAUCUAUGGUAAUUUAUUCCCCUAACUGAUAAGCCACUGAUAAAAAUUUGCGGUAAUCGAUAAGCCAAAUCCAAAACACUGCAUCACUUGGUGUUUAUAGGCAGAGGAAUAUUUGGAGGAAGAUAUCUGAAGAAAUACUUCAAUAUUCUUAGAAAUAUUUACAUUGUAAAAACAGUAUAUGUCAGUAUGACACAGGAAAUAUGAUGGAUAAGAAAACUUUGAGAGAGUGCAGCUGAGAAAGAUUCAUCUGAAAAGAAAAGUGCAUCAUAAAUACAAUGCUGGCCUCCUUGAUUAAGAUAAUUACUUCUGCAGAAACAGAACAGGUUCAGGUCUCUCUGACCACUCAUGCUAGACAGGAACAAUUUGGACAUGCACUGAAUUAUGGUUGUAGAUUAACUUGAAAAUGUUGAAAAGCAUGGAGUACUGUCAUCAGUGUUAAUGAUGAAACAUAAUGUACUUUGCACAUAUAUUUAUGUAACAACUGUGAACUUUUUGGAUUUUAACAAGGAGAGAGAUCAGCCCUAGCAAGCAAAGGCAUUAAUAUAAGAAAGGGAUCUAUUGGGGGAAAAAAGAAUAAUGUGAAAAAUAAGCAAUUGGCUUGGUGAAAAAAUCUAUCAGGAGCUUAAACAUGGAGAAGAAAAUGAACACAAUUUCAUGAAAAUGACUGAAAAAGAGAUGCAAUGAGACAUAUUGAAAACUUGUGUAACUUCCCAAAAACUAUACUGUUUGUGACACUGCCUCCUGUUCAAUAUUUAAUCAAAAUUUCUGUCUGAAAGUACUGGAAAAUUCAUCCAUCUAAAUCUUGAAAAGUAGGCUAAUACAAAGAAACAAAUCCACAUAAUCCAGCAGAAAUUACAGGAACCAAGAAUUUUAUGAAUCUUAUAAAGGAAAGCUUUGAUAAUGGGAAAUAUUUUCAAGUACACUUUUCUAACAAUUGUUAUUUUCUGCGGAACAAAGAUUCUUCAUUUUGUAAAACAGUCAAAUGAGAACUAUUCAAACCAAUUACCAACUGAAGACAGCAAUACCUUCAAUAAUUUAGAAAAGAAAUUCAACAUAUAUACUACUAUUAAAGAAGAUGAAAAUGAAAUAAAUGAAACUGGUGAGAAAAUAAGUACAGUCACAACUGAUACCCUGAAAUGGACAAAAAGUAAAAAUUCUACAAAUCUGAUUAACAGACUACAGAGGAAAAGAAAACUUCUCUCUCAAAUGUGGGAUAAAUAUUACAAGAUUGGAGCAGGUACAACAUUCCGAAUUAAAGACACAAGCGCCUUCCAUCAAGUUGGUGAUGACAUUUUUGCAUUUUCAGCAUUUUACGAUAAUAGGGAAAUUCUAGGUAAUCAAAAUCCAGUUUUACGGAUUGUAACUAUAUCAAAACUUCAAUCAAGAGCCAGUCUGGAGUGCAGAUUUUCUAAAACAAGGGCCAGUCAAUGGGUUCAAGCGACAAGACAAGUACUAAGUGAUAAUCAUGGUAAACCGUUUGGAGGUGUUAUGUACACCUGUAACGUCCCUCAUACGAUUGGUAAUAAACCACCAAAGACAGUUUAUUUGCAAAGUUUACUCACUCAUGAGGAUCAUUUUUCAAAGGUGACAAGUGCAUUAGUUACCGUGGAAAUAAUUCCGCUGGGAAUGUCACUUUGGAAGUCAACAAUAUAUCAUAAUGUAGACAAUCUAAAAAAAUUCACCUCGGAGAAUUGGCACACAAGUGAUGCCAAACAUUUCUUGGAAACUUCUCCAAAUGAUACUGAUUUGAAAGAAAUUCGAAAGAUUGAUAAAUCACAGACACAUCAAGGGAAACAACUAGAUUUCAAAAUAGUCCAAAAUCGUGAAGAGUUACGAAGAACUAGAAACAGUAAACUUCCCAGCAUUUCAGUGUGUGUACCACCAUUGUUCGGAAACAUUAAACUUUCCGAGUUUAUACAGUUUGUUGAAAUUCAUAAAAUUCUUGGUGCCAGUCAAAUAUUUUUCUACAAAAUGCGCGUUUCCUCCGACAUUGGGAGGAUGUUAGAUUAUUAUCAAUCUCAGGGUAUAGUUACACCUAUUGACUGGCACUUACCCAGCGGACUUCAAGACUCCAUGAAUAUCUGGUACCAUGGUCAAAGUGCAGCACAACAAGACUGUUUAUAUAGAAGCAUAGGGAAUUUUGACUUUACUGCUUUUAUUGACCUUGAUGAGGUUAUAGUUCCUUAUACAGAUUCAGACUGGCUAUCAAUGUUAGAAAGACUGGAGCAAGCUUACACAAAAGGCAAACCUAGAAACAUAGCUGCCUUCAUGUUUAAAAGUGCUUUCUUUGAAUCUGACAUUAAAAUCAAUGAUGGCAUUAAAACAAGCCAACAUAAGUUGUCUCUCUUGAAAAAUAUUUAUAGGAAUGCAAUAGUAAGCUCUGUGAGAACGAAAGUAAUUGUGAAGCCGGCCUAUAUUGAACACAUCGGCGUUCAUCAUGUUUCAAAGUUGGUAAAUUCUUCAACAAAACUUGAUAUUAUACAUGUGCCUGUUAAAACAGCUCUGAUUCACCACAACAGGAAAUGCACAACAGCAUUAGAUACUGAAAUGCAUUGUGGGAAGUAUGUAUCAAACGCAAGUUUACUGAAAUAUGCUGAUAUUUUAGUGAAGAACUAUGAGGAAGCUCUGGAAUAUAAUGUGAAAUAUUUUAGAAGUAUCAGAUAAAUGUGAUUCAGAUUCAUAUAUGACAUUCCAUCAUUCCAUUAUUGUUUGUUCUAAUAAAAAAUGCUUCCAAAUGUA